AUGCCCGGAACUUUGAACGAGCAGCGUUUAAUGACUGUGCUGGAGAAUCUCACAACUUUGGUGUCGAGCUCUUCUUCAGGUGCCAGAGAGCAAUCGAUCCGAGGUCGCGACUUAGCAAAAGUGCUGAAGGCCCCAGAGCCUUUUCGUCCUAAGGACAGAGAUGCUGAGUUGUCGAGUUGGACCAAUUGGUCCUGGGAACUGGAACAGUACUUAAGCUGCCUGGACAGGUCUUUCGGUGCAGAGCUUCAGACCAUCCGUAGGCGUCCGAACAAUCCCAUAGUGCUUGCAUCGCUUACUGCCGAGGAAGCCGAUCGUUCGAGACUGCUUUAUGGGGUCCUAGCAGGUUUGCUUCAUGAUAAGGGCAAAAGGAUGCUUAAGUCACUGAAGGACAACAACGGCUAUGAAGCCUACAGGUUGCUCAGUCAAGACUUGACCCCGUGCUCCCGGAACAGAGUGUUGGCAUUGCUUCAGGCGAUACACUCUUGGCCUCAGUUUGACAAUCGCAGUGGCUUGAUGGUUCAGGUUGCAAAGUUUGAGAGUGCUGUCAGUGAAUAUGAGAAUCUCUCAGGAGAGGUCAUGUCAGAGGACAACAAGUUGGCAGCAGUGUUGCGUUGUUUGUCUGGACAACUUCGUACUCAGGCGACUGUCUUGAUUACCGAGAGCUCUACAUAUCAGGAGCUUCGCAACCUCAUCGAGCGCUGGGACACCUCGCAGACGAGGUGGAGCUCUUCCAUUGCCAGCACCUUUGGGAUCAGCAGUGCCCCAUCCAACGGCCCCGUGUUUGAUCUUGGAGACACGACAGACUGGUUUGCGGGUGGACAU